ACAAACAUGUCGCUAACUGGAAUACUACUUGAUGUUUCUUGGUCUAUGCAGAGGUACAUUAGAAGCGGUAUUGAUGAAGAAGGUGGACCUUGGGCUCAGUCUAUUUUUAAUGUUAUCGACGACCUUAUUGAACAUGAACUUACGCCUGAGAAUCGUGUUUUUGCUAUAGGUGUUGGUGCUAAAUGUCCCGGCCAAGAAACAUUUGAUGUUAUUGAAACCCUUCAGCCAAAUGAAAACACAAACAGGCCUGCAACUGAAGACCACAUCAACGAGAUCUUUGAUUUUCUCGAGAGAAACGGUGCACUCAACAUACGUAAAUGGACUUGUAAAACUGAUGUUAAACUGAUUCAAGAUGUACUAUCUGAAUAUAUGGCAAAAUUGACUCUGCAAGAAUUUAAGUCAGACGAACAGUUUGUCAAAAAAUUUGUGGAUGAGUUUUUACCACCCGGUUGUCGAGACACAGUACCUACAUCACCUCAUGCCGGCGGCGUGCUAUCCAAUCUACGUAAAGCAGCGAACAUGGUAGGGAAUGCUACUAUAUGGGCUGCUAGUUGUUUUAGAUUAGCUACAAGAGAGGAUAUCGAAGAAGUUGUAAGAAAGACAAAAUGCUAUUUUGAAGAUGCGUCUCGUGUUUUAGAAACCCGCUCUAAAUUCAGCGUGGAAUAUACCCCUUGUAUUUUAGAAGACGUAGGAAUCUACUCUAUAUUCAGUGUGCAAGAUGCCUCCCGCAUUAUUCGUGGAUGCGUCGGUGAGAAGGGACUUAACGAACUUUCUAAAAAGCGAAAGCAAGAAUUACUUGAAAAGGUCGAGCCUCUCAUUUACGGCAGAACGCCGUUGUAUGAAUCUCUCGAAAAGGCAAUAACGCUUUUUGAAAGAGACGCUUCUGAGACCAAAUUGCUUUUCGUGCUAUCAGAUGGACUGCCUACAGAUGGCAAUAAUCAAGAUAGCAUCAAGAUCAAGCAAAUUACCUCCAAGCUGAGAGAAGCAAAAGUCAACGUAGUGUCCUGUUUCAUCUCUACAUCCACAAAUAUCGACCCAAAACGUUUGUACAAUAAAAUUCCACCUAUUUGGGAACCUGGAGGCAAGGGUUGGGAACUUGGAGCCAAGUUUCUGUUUGCGUUGAGCUCUGAAGUACCAACACAGCAUCUGCCACAAGCCAUUUUGGUCAAACGUGGUUGGACGAUCGAUAUCGCCAACAAUGAAACAAAGUUGUUCAUGCAAGUCAACCAUCCGGAUAACUUAAGGUAAAUUUCAACAAGGCUUCCUCUAUAGCUAUCUAAUAACAUUCGGAAAAUGAAUAAUGUGCAUGGUGGCGGGGCUCGCAUGGAAAUUCGGGGCAACUUGGUCGCCAGUUUAUAUGUUUAGAAAGGCCAUGCGUGGCCAAUCUGUGCCGCAUUCCUUCCAAAGACUUCUGGCAUUCAUGUCGCGUGUAAUAACGUUGAUAACAGUAAUCUUGUACCCCAGUGAACUAAACAUAACUGGAACGGUAACUUUUGGGAUGCCAUUUUUUUCUUGAAGCCAGACACGCGUGCCUGGGGGUUGAGACCCGCGUCAAGUUAUGCCUCGCGAUUCUCUCGCGAGACCAGUACAGGGAGCGAGCAUGCCGUUUUAAUAAGAAAAAAUAAAAAUAAAGUCUACUAGGAAGUUUUACUUAAAUGAAUGCAUUUUUUGCUGAUUGGCUAAAAUAAACGGCAAAGAAACGUUUAAAAUUAAUGCUACAUGAUUGGAAAAGAUGCAGCAGCCUUCAAUUUUUAAAAUAAAGCUAGGAUGUCCUGCAUAACGAAGGGAUUAUAAAUAGUAUAUCGUAUUUCACUCCUAACUUGAUUAAUUGUUAGCAGACAGUUUUUCAAGUUCGCGCAUAUUUUGGAUGCGCAGUAGAACCGUGACACUGCCCCUUUAAUAGAGCCGCUUUUCAAGAAUAUAUAUUCAUGUUGACGGAUUGACCGCGCUCAUCGCAUGCAUGCAUCUUCAAGUUUGGCUUCAAAUUUUCGGUUGGAGGUAGCGUUCCAGUUAUAUUCAUUUCACUGUUGUACCAAGAGUAUGCCCGUUCGCAGGUUAGGUACCGUUAUACAUUAUUGUGCUAUACGAGAUUGUGUUAAAAGCGAAAUUUCCAUAUUAUAUCCCAAAUAAGACAUUUUACCUGAAUAGUUUCAGAUUACAAUAAUGUAAAAACCCUAAUUUAAUGUUUAGGACCAUAUAAUUGCCCUAGCCGAUGACCUGUUUAAUGACUGUGAUUGCUAAAGUCUAACUUAUCUAACUCUGUUGCACAAGUAUACAACGCAACCAGUUGCCCAGGGAUCUAGAGCGCUUAAACACAAUUCUGACUUCGAUGUAAUCACUUUCAGGGAAGCAUGCCAAAUGGCCAAAGAUGUCGCUUGUUCCGCAGAUACAUUAUCAGAAUUGCUGGUAUCUGUUGACCUCGACAUAUACAUCAGCCAAACCACGAUCGAUUUUAAAGCGAAGGAACAAGAGGGAGGAACCUGCUACGCAAAUGCAUCUGCUGCUGUGCUUCAUUUGGCAAUGCAACGAAUUCUCGGUCGAGAAGGCGGAUAUCCAGAUUUUCACAAGUUGAAAGAUGAAAUGAUCAAAGCCUAUGGAAUCGAUGGUGCAAAUACCAGUAAAGUUCUGCAGAAAAUAUGCCCAAGGUAUCGUUUACACAGCCAAAACGUUUACAUCAAGGAAGCGAUGGAAGCUGUUGUCAAGAAGCGUCCCGUGGUAGCAAGAUUUCGUCUAACGGGCGACGAAUGGAAGGCUUUUUCAAAUUUUUACGAGAAUAAUCCAACAGGAAUACUCACGCAAAAUGAACUUGAUGUUCGUAAGCGUCCUACAAGUCCUCCGCCUCCCACUUCUGGCCAUGCUGUCGUUUUGACCAGUUACAACAGCAAGUGUUUGACCUUCAUGAAUUCCUGGGGACAAAAGUGGGGCGACAAUGGAUUCUUCAGAGUACAAAAUGCAAAAGUCCUUCAACUGAAAUUCUUCGACGUUUACUGGACGUUGAAUGACUUGACUGAAGGAGAGAAAGAGUAUUAUCAUCAACAUGGAUCUGAAGUUGCUGCAAAGUUGGUGAACUCGUUGAAAGGCUUGCAAAAAGCGGAAUACACCUGCCCAGAAUGUGAUCAAACAUCGUUGGUUACUGAAUUCUCUGGAACGCUGUCGAAAGUUCAGUGUCCGAAAUGUUUGCGCGAAUUUUCAACCAACGAUAACGCAGGGAAUAUUCUGGCACUAAAUAUGUACUUGACAUCUUUGAGCAAAUGACUCAUGUGCUCUGUAUAUUGAGAGGACGGAGAGGUAUAUUACUUGAAAAAGCUUUGUAAUCCAUAAAAAGUUUCAUUGUAAUCUAUGGUAUAGCAUUGUAUUUUUAGUCCUGAAUUAUAUAUCUCCGAUGAGUAGAUAGCUGUGCUCGGUAUAUCGAGGGUAUAUUACUCGAACAUUUAUUAUUGUCUAUAUAUAAUUUCACCAUGUUGUAAUCUAUAGUAAUUGAUUGUAAUAUAGCCA